UUCAUAUCACAACUGUAUGUUUGAAUAUACUGGCUUCAAACAAAGCCUAUGUUAAAGCGCCCGUUACUUAUCUAUAUUUCAUUUAUGCAUCUGAGCUCUCAUCGCUCAUCUGUAAAGUGUCAAAUGACAAUGUCAAAGUCAAUAAACAUUUUUUAACCGGUGUUGCUGUCAAAGUACUUGAGUUUUGUGUUUGUAAAAAUAAAAAUGCUUUAUAAUGAAAAUGACUUGUUCAAAUUGAUUCAUCAAAAUAAAUUGAAUAAGUGCACCGGGUAAUUUCUAUUUAUUUAAUUUGUCUCAUAAGAGUCUACGAGUGAGCAAACUAACACGUACCUCAUCUCUUUUGUUUACGUAAAUUUUGAAUUUUUAAAUUUGUUUUAAAUGUUAUCUUAUCGUAAUGAAAUUCAUAACUAGAAUGGAAAACAUCACAAUGUAAAUAGCGUAUGGAUUUAUAUAUAAUGUACUCAAAUAAAAAAUGAAAAAAAUGCUGAUUGUAGAAGCAUCGAGUUUCUUUGUGCUCUUGUUAAUAAUUGUUGUUGAUGGACAACAAAAAUGCCACUUUGAUGAUCUCACUGACGUGGAUAAAUGUGGAGAAAACGAGUCAUGUUUGGAAACAGGGCUGUGCCAUUGUUUGCCGACACAUGAACUAAAGGAUAGUGUAUGUGUUCCUAUUGUUUCAGUUGAUAUAAGGUCUUCAAAUUAUUCAAAUUUAGUCAAUAACCAAGGUAGCGGUUCGAUAGUUGCUGGAAUAUUAAUUCCAUUGUUUUUAAUAGUUUUUGUGAUGUGUGGAGUAUAUGUAACAAGGAAAUAUCAUCUUGCUUCAUGGUUCCGAAAUAGAUUUCGAAGAAGGAAUGAAAAUUAUGAUGAAUUUAUGAUAGGGCAAGAUGAUGAUGAUGAGCCUCUUAGCUAA